GGAGCCGCCUCCGAAAAGGACGCGGUAAAUCCAAAUGACCUCGAAAGUUCUUUACUCGCAGUAGUGAAAGUCGACGGUGCGGAACUGUCAGCGGAUUUUGUGUGAGUUCAUGCACGAAUUUCACGAAAAUUAUCCUAUAUUCCAGAUCUAUCAUACGAAGUUGGCUAACUUGUUACGGGAAGAUAGAAUCGCUAUUCACAGGUCACAUCACAAUCUUUUCUUAGGGCAACUGAGUUCUUCAGCAGUGAAAACAUGUUCUCCAUAUUAAAGUCUAAAAAGAUUAAAGGACCUAUGGAUGAUUAUUUCAAGCCCAGUUAUAAACUGGGAACCUCCUCUGGAUGUAACAAACCUUUCGCCCAGCGUCAGCUGACAUCAGCUCCUACUCUGUGGCAAACUUCAGUUAAACAGGAAGUGGAGCUUCAUGCAAGCCAUUCCUUUCAGUGGUAUGGAAGUGCCAAGGUUCUCACAGACCUCACCUGCAAUAAAGCAGGAACUAUUGAGGAUUCACUGAAGAGAAGUGCACAGUUUAGAGAACUGGCAGGGAGGAAUAAAAACAAAGAACUUGUUAUUUUAAGGGAUGGGAAAGCUAUCAGUUCACACUUCCCAUGCAGCCUUAUUAAGGAUGAGCGCCUUGAUGUCACAUACAUCAAAGCUUCAGAGAAGCCUAAGCAAUCAGCUGAAAAUUGUGCUCCAAGAAAGGUUACCUCUGAUGCGCUUGUGACAUUUCACGUGUUGACCAAAGGAGGUAAACAUGUCGUAAGAUUCAUGAGAAACAGAGAACUAGGAAAAAAGUGUGAGGAAAUCACAGUGUAUGCAUACAAAGGAGAAAAAGUGAAGCAUGCAUUAAAAAGAGAUGGUCGUUUACAGGAUGUCGUUUUCAAAAAGAACUGUGCCCUUUUUACGAAAGGUGCUGAAGUAAGAACAGAGAUGCUUGAUCUAGUUGAUAAUCUUGAUGGUAAAACUGUCAAGAUCAAAAUGAUCAAUAAGUCUGCUCCACCAGAAAGCCCUCCUCAGAGUCUUGAUGAUGCUUAUGUGCCACAGAAUGAAUCUCAGACAUCUGACUGUGAUGAAAAUGAAAAUCAUCAGCAACAGUUGAACAAGCUUGGGUCAGUGAAAGCUAGCCCAACAAAAGAAAGAGAAAAGUCAAAGGGUAAUAUUCAGGCAGAAACAAUACCAAAUUCAGAGGGUAUGAGGCGUAAGCUAAAUUCUGAGGUUAAAAAUUUGGUCAAAAAGGUGAAAACAGGAGUUCCUAAGGUUUCUGAUAUUCAGAAACUCUACCAUGAGGAGUAUGGAAAAAAUGCUGAGACAUGCAGGGAGGUGAAAACAAUGAAGAGACUGAUGAAUCUCAGUGAUUCUGUUUGCCAAGUGAGGGUUAACGGGCGACCAAAAGGCAGUGGCUUUCUCCUGUUUGACAAGUUUGUCCUCACAAACGGACAUGUUCUUGAUAGCAUUUAUGAUGAGAGCACAAGGCAGUUUAGUGAGCAGAUGACUGUCCACUUCUCUUUUGAGAGUCUGGACCAGUCAGGGUGUGGAGCAAAGGUGGAGGAGGUCACAGGCUUUGAACACUGUUUUGACGCCUCAGGCCACAUGUAUGACUGGGCUUUGCUCAAGCUCAGUGCUGAUCGGGAACUACCGCGUUGUCUCUUAAACCAUUUUGGGUUCCUCCCCAGAAGUGGAGGAAUUUGCAUUAUUGGCCAUCCCGAUGGUGGUGUGAAAAAGAUCGACUCAUGCUUGAUCAUUCCCACCAAUAAUCGCACAGAGGUUGUGGCGAGGCAUUGUGGUGAAAAUCCAGAAGGGGUUUUGGUAGAGGACGUGGAUUAUAGUGAAAACCAGGAGCACAUUCAGCUAGUUACCCACCACUUUUUUGAAAAUGUGGCAAAGUACUUUCCACGUAUGGGACCAGCUCUCACCUAUGAGUCUUGCUUUUAUUUUGGCUCAUCUGGCUCGCCUGUGUUUGACGAGCACUGCAAUGUUGUUGCCAUGCAUUCUGGAGGCUAUGCAUACAGAAAAUUCAGUGGCGAAAGGAACAGUGUCAUCGAGUAUGGCUAUCCUUUGUCCUUCAUCCUCGAACACAUCAUCCUCCAGAUGGUGGAGAGGGAAAGGUUUGACGUGCUGAGGGAAUUUUUGGCUUGUAAUUAUGUGCAACACCAAAACAUGAUGACCAACUUGAAGAAACUGGUCGAAAGCAGAAAUCUGACGUCAUUUAAAAAGGCAUUCGACCAUGCAGUGCACACAAAUGACAAGAGUCUGAUGAUGUUUUUUGGACUCUUAAGUCAGAAAGAGGAACCUUUCCCCAUGGACAUUGACUGAGUGCUCAAAGACUGCUCACAAAUAUCCACAGUGAAAACAGCUUCAGCAGUAAGCAACAUUUUCUGACAUAUCUGGUUUUAUAUUUUUCAUGUACUAGAAUGCUUCUGUUUUCCAACAGUGCAGGGAUAUCUGAAGUAUUCUGUAUUAUCAGCACUACGGUAAUGGUUCCAUAACAGUGACCAACAGACUGUUGCAAGAGAGAAAUAUUUUAAAUAGUCUUUGUGUGUAUAUUUUUUUCUUGCUUUCAUUUUUUUGCCAAUCAUAUCCCUAAAAUAAAUGUAGUCAUUAGUCAUUCUUAGUGACAUGAUUUCACCAAUAUCUGUGUGCACUAUUUUUUAAAGCUUUGUAAAUGGAUGGUUAGACUUUGGUUCAUGAAAGGUUAUAUUUGUGCCUGUAUUUUUUGGGUGACUUGUUAGUCACAGCUUGUUUUUAAAAUAUUUUCUUCAGGUUUAGAAUCCUACAGAUUCUCCUCUGUGCUUGCUUAAAGUGAAAAUACCUGCAGAGGUUGGACAGCCAGACUACAAUCAAAUAUUAUGAACUGAUAGUAUGAUGUACUUUAAAACACGUUGAGGUUCAUGUCUGCAGAUUAGAUGGAGAUCUUUGUGCAGGAUGAAAAAGAAAAAAUAUGAGGUGUUUGUUGCAGCAAAGUGCUGGUUUUAAUGUCUGGCUCUGUAUAUAAUGUUUUCAUUAAUUUUGUGGGGAAAAAUUUGCAUUUUUUUGUCUUACGGUUCAUUUUUAAAAUCAAAUAUCAGUAUGAUCUCAAUAACAGCAUUGGACUGGUUGUGGCUAUUGUUUGUAUUAUGUUAAAUACACUUCUUCAUUAUCAUUUUAUAUAAUAUGAUUCAAAUGUUGUGUCUCUUUUUUUAUUGUUAAUGCAUGGCAAUGCCAUGACAGCAUGGUCUGAAAUUGAAGUUAAUGAAAUGUAAUAAAAUGAUUUCUUAUAUUGUU